UCGGCGUUUACGUUACAACUCACGUUUAUGGUCUGGGUUGUCUCGUCUUCAGAUCAUAUUUUAAUCGAUGUUGCAGUAGUGUACUGAAGAAUCCACCCCUCCAUCUUCAUCUGAGACCCCUAUAAUGUGCCCCUCCUACACCCAUCAUCAAUUGGUUGCCUUCCUCCUCACCUUCUUUAGUUAUGUCCUACUUCAUUCAUCACGUAAGACCUUCAGUAAUGUGAAAGUGAGUAUCUCUGCGCAGUGGACUCCAUCGCCAUGGCAACACAAUGGUAGCGCUCUGCCUUUAUCCCCUGUUGAGACAUGGGAGGAUAACAGGCUUUUUUCUGAUGCUGGAGAGGCUACGCUGUUCUUGGGCGCUCUGGACUCGAUCUUUCUAUUCUCUUACGCUGUAGGUCUCUAUAUCAGUGGGGUGAUCGGUGACCGGUUCAACCUCCGCUAUGUGCUCUCCUUUGGAUUAUGUGGAUCAGCUGUCACAGAGUUUGUAUUUGGCACUUUGACGGAGUGGCUGCAGUUUUAUAAUGUGUAUUUUUACUGCACUUUGUGGGUGAUGAAUGGACUUCUGCAGUCUGCUGUUUGGCCCAGUGUGGUGGCCAUUAUGGGCAACUGGUUUGGGAAAUCUGGCCGAGGAUUGGUGUUUGGACUGUGGAGUGCAUGUGCAUCAGUGGGGAAUAUUCUGGGUGCAUUUCUUGCAUCCAGUGUCCUCAAGUACGGCUAUGAGUAUGCGUUUCUGGUGACAUCAGUGGUGCAGUUUGCAGGGGGUGUAGUGGUGUUUUUCGGACUGCUCGCGUCCCCUAAAGAAAUUGGACAGAGUGACUCUGAGACGGAUCUGAUAUCAGUCGCAAGGGACUCAGACAGUCAACGUCCUCUGAUAAGUGAAGAUGAAGAUGAGUUAUGUGAAGAGUGCUCCACACAGCAGCAGGACGAAGAGCCGGAACAGCUCCAAGCCAUUGGCUUCAUCCAGGCCUUCUUUCUGCCCGGAGUCAUUCCUUAUUCUCUAGCAUAUGCAUGUCUGAAGUUGGUGAACUAUUCAUUCUUCUUUUGGCUGCCAUUUUAUCUGAGCAUCAACUUUGGCUGGAAAGAAGUUCAAGCUGACCGACUGUCUGUGUGGUAUGAUGUGGGCGGGAUUGUUGGAGGAACGAUGCUGGGCUUUGUCUCGGAUCUUCUGGGAAAGCGAGCUCCUGUGUUAGCAAUCAGUUUGCUGCUGGCCAUGGGAUCUUUAGUGGGAUACAGUCAUUCUCCAAAUAACCAGCUUAUGAAUGGAGCUCUACUAGCGAUAACAGGUUUUCUUAUUGGAGGCCCAUCAAACAUGAUCAGCUCAGCGAUCUCUGCAGAUUUGGGCCGACAGGAGGUGCUGCAGGGCAGUCAGGAAGCUUUGGCUACAGUAACCGGAAUAGUUGAUGGAACGGGCAGCAUUGGAGCUGCUGCGGGACAGUACCUGGUGUCGCUUAUUGAAAGCGAAUUAGGAUGGAUGUGUGUCUUCUAUUUCUUCAUCUUUAUGACUGGAGGCAGUGUGAUCUUCAUCAUCCCUCUCAUCAUCAGAGACAUGCGUUCCUUGUGCCAAGCUCGAACACAUCAGCUCUGAUAUGCUCGUGUCUUUUGUUGCCUGUUUGGAAUCUGAAUUGGAAAAAAAAACAACUGACCUUGUUGCUCCCAAAAUCCUAGCAUGAGGAAUGUUCAGUUUUCAUAAAAACAUCUUUUUUUAUAUAUAUAUCAGAUGAUCAGGUACAUUUAGUUUGGCUAUUCACUUUUUUUUCUUUUUAAAGACAUAUUUCCACCUCCUUGAAUCAACCUUUUAUGAACAGUCACAGUCCCUGAAUGGGCAUGGAUCACAAAUAAUUCUUAUUCUGGACUUUGCUCUGUUUUUAAGGUUAUUUAUUUUAAACAGUUUUGUUUUUUUAAUUGUAUUGAUAGAGGGCUGGACCCUCAUUCAGAGAGCUUUGAAAUCAUUAUGAUUGUAACCUGAUUGAACAGUCUGUUUUGCUUAAACUCAGGCCUACAUGAUGAGUCUUUAAAUGUAUCUUCUAAGGGGCAAUAAUUUAAGUGUUUGGGGUAUGUACUGAAUAUUAGAUUUAGACUAAAAAUUACACUGUUGCAAUCCACUGUCACUAACAUUAAGCAUUUUAUGACAGGUUUAAGAGUCCAUUUCAGCAACUGGAUGUUUUGAAUAGUGUUUCAAAGGGAACCUGUACAAAUAUGUCUUGGGGUUUCAUGUCCCCUGUGUCAUCCCCAUGAAUUGCACCAAUGACUACAGCAGAGACAUAAUUUCUGUAAAAUCUUUAUGACAAAGUCUGCGGUUGUGGUAAUGAGACCAUGGUAUCGUGAGUGAGUGAGUGAGUGAGUGAGUGAGUGAGUGAGUGAGUGAGUGAGUGAGUGAGUGAGUGAGUGAGUGUGUGUGUGUGUGUGUGUGUGUGUGUGUGUGUAUAGAGACAGAUAUAAGCGUGUAUAAAGUUAUACAUUGAUAUCUGUCAUUUUUUUUUAUAGCCAAUGUCCCAACCGCCACUGACACUGUUUUGGAAAAUUGGUAAAUGAUGUUAGCCAGCUAGCAGAGCUCAUCAUAGGCUUACCCAUUUUAUAUAAAGUACCAGUCUCAGCGGGCUAUUAUUUUAGUUUUUUGGCGAGGUAAUUUUGAGAAACCACACAUAUUUGUUACCCAAUAUACUAAUAAAAAUGUAAAAAUGCUGCGCUCAAAGUCACCAGAAUUGAAUGCUUUGAUGCCAUUUAAAAAUAAAAAAAUCUCACAGAAUGAUGCUGAUCCCCUCUACUAAAUAACAUAACCAUAUACUGUACUUUAUUAGGUUAACUAGUUUUGUAUUAAAUAAUGUGUUUGUAGCCGCCUCUGCAUAUAACUUAACAUCAUCCAAACACUACAUGUUGGGCUCCCCCUGCCUUUCAGACCAGGGUUGCACCCCUGGCUGUAGGAGUGUCUUCCUCAGGUCUUCGAUGUAAAUUAUAAACUGGAAUCAGGAAGGUGUGACCUUCUGUGUCACUGGAUUCCAUUAAAUUCCAAAUUCAAAUUUAAUAGUAUUGUCUCCAUUUGGUGCAAUUAUCAUUCUGGAUAUUUAUGGGAAGUUGACAAAAUGCUCACUGGGAUUCUGAAGUCAAAUAAACCCACCUAGCAAACACAAAACGUUUGUACAUCGUUUCACAAUGUUGCAUUUUGGUUGCAGUUACAUAGUGUUGCAGAACAACAUUUUAAAAACAUCCUAGAAACAACACCUGAAUAAGUUUUUAAAAUGUUGUUAAAAUACUCAUCUGGUAUGUAAGUAGCCACAAACCGUAAAUGUAAUGUGUUUUUAAUAUGAAAAUAAAACAAAAUGUCUGACUAAAAUUGCAGUUUGUUCUUGUGUUAAAAUAACGUUAUUUUACAUAUAAGACGUUUAAA